AUGAGACGUGCUGAAGAUGGCUAUCAAGGCACUUCUGUGCUUGAUCAAGGAGAAUGGUUGAAUUUGAGCUUAGGAAGAAACUUGCCUUCGAUAUCUAAAGAAUCUGAGUCACAUAUACCAACUUCAGGCAAGGUUUUUUCAUGUAACUUCUGCAAGAGGAAGUUCUACAGUUCACAGGCACUAGGAGGCCACCAAAAUGCUCACAAGAGGGAAAGAGGUACAGUAAGACAGUAUCAAUCUCAGAGGAUGAUGACAAUGAUGGCUUUGCCGAUCAAUAACCCCAUGUUCAGAUCACUUGGUAUGAUUCCCCACUCCCUUCUGCAUAAAUCCAGCAGAGAUGCAAGGGCAACUGCGGCUACAUUCAGUGAGGCUAGCGCAGGAUAUCAGAGGACAUCGCUUACCAAUCAAAUGGACAGAUCAUUUGAUCUGAAGUGGCCUGGAAGUUUUCAACUAAAUCAGCAGCAAACAAAAGACCAUACCACAAAUCCCACUAAGCUUGACCUGAAUCUGAAGCUGUAA